CCCUACCCGUGCUUCACUCACCAUGCACGAGCUUAUAUCUCAAUAACCUCAAAGGACGGUUGGUCCUCCUCUCCCUCUUCCAAGGGCACGUACUCGCUGUACACGCCCCGUAGAGAGGUCUCCUCCCCAGCAUUAACAGCAAAAUACUCUCUCUCCCCCCUGCAUAGCGCUCGUCGCGGAAAUCUUAAUCAACCCUCUUCACUCUUCACCUUGUAUCCUCCUACAAGCAAUUCUUCAUAUCUUCGGACUGCCACUGAGUGACUCGGUACUAGCCAUGUCGCCACGCUCCAUCCUCAAACAGUCCUCCUACUCGCGCCCAGAGGCCCCCUCUCUUGCGGCCGCCCUCCCAUACCCACCACCUACUCCUCAAGUGCACUUCCCGCCUACACCUGCGCUCACGCAGACUCAAUACACCCAUUCACGCACAGCGUAUGACAGAGCUCCGAUUGUCGUCCUGCCCAAUGACUGUGCGUUACCCGAGCGAGGCUGUCCAGGUCGCACCUAUGACUGCAGAUCAUUGAAGAGCUCCCCACGUUCACCCGGGACCUCCAGCAGCAUGAGUGGGAAGCACCUACAUGUACGCGCUUUCGAGGCGAACUCUGACGGACGGAUAUCCUACUUUGACUGUCCCUCUGUGCCUGCCCCCGUCCCGUACGGACCUCCUGGAUUAAUCCCGGAUAUCUCUUCCGAAUCUGACGAGAGUGACGGUAUCGUUUCUCCUCCGCCAGAGUACAAUAAUGCUGGUGGCGCCGGCGCCGCGAGCCAAGCGUACUCGCGCGCCGUCCACAUUGCCACGCCAUCUCAGGAGGAACUCAACAAGCAUCUUGCCUUCCUUCCUCAUGCGCCGUCCUCACCCCCCAAGAAGGACUCGCAGAAACGGGAUAAGGAACGAAAACGGAGAGGCGAGACGCCCCGUUUCAAGUCGGAAGACGGAGCGCGGUCGUUCGCCGCAUCGUCAUUAGAUGGUUGCCUCGGAGGUUUUUAGACGGGAUGGUUGCGUUUGUUGUGUGUUUGGAACGAAUUUUUUUUGGAAGUUUGUUAGGUGCCACGGUGUACUGCUUGCGCGGUUUAUUUCUCCCUUUUCCCUUUAACAAUUAUUUUCUUUUCUGUGCCACUCUCGACCUAUUAUUUUACACUUUUUUCCCGCCGUUUGCUUUGCUGUCAUGAUCAUUACAUCCAUACCUCAUACCUCGUCACGACCUCUACACAUCCUCGAUUUGCUGUCUUACUACACGUCACCUUUUUUUACUACUAUACCCUGCUCUCACUGUUACUAGCACUCGCAUAUCAACAUUGACGCUGGGGUUACCCUGAUACAUUAUCUCAAUCGUCUGCUAGUCUGCC